UUUCGUCCAAACUUUAACCCCCAUUACUGGUUGCCACUGCCAAGAAUUCGUGGAAGUUGUGCUUUGACGUUUUGUUGAUUUGUCAAUUGCAUGGAAAGUGUUAAGGAGAAUAAAUGUAAGCUUAUUACGAGUCGUUAUUGUACCGAUCCAAUUCAGUUCAGUUUAGCUCUAACGUAGGCCUAAAGCAGGUUUUGUAUACAAACAACUCCCUCUGAGGUGACAUCACUAACUUGUCUCUCCGCUUGUGACGAAAAAUUCAGUACAUGCAUUAACUUCUUGUUUACUAAUGCACCUAUCAAUGUUACAUGUGGAGGUGGGGGAGGCUAGGCAAAGGCUGGAAAUUUGAACUUGAAGCUUGCAUUUUUCUGGUCAAAUGCCGUACCCCAGGGACAUCAUAUUUGGUCAAAAGGGAACAAAAUCUCCACUUCUCCAUCAAUGACUAGAUGUUAAACAUGUUUCAUUGAAAGCAGUGAUUUUGUUACCCACAGAUCCCUGUGGGAACAAUGGCCACCACUUUUGGCUACCAAUUCCCCCUGGUAAUGCAACUGGUAACCAACUAGUAGCAAGGUCUUUUACAGCUUUCAAUCCACGAUGGCAUUUGUUAUUGGGGGAAAUUCAAAAGUCCCCACUCCCGGAACUUGGUGCUAAUGAAAAGUUCCCACCAUGGGUGACUUCCUUUGUCAAAUCCCUGCGCUUUGCCUGGCCUCCCUCACAUCCAGAUUAACAUUGAUAGAUGCAUAACUGUCUUGUUUUACUAACUUUAUUGUUGAAAAAGUUGCAGGAAAUUAAGUGCUAAAGAAAUAAAGAUGUCUCAUGCACCAGCUAAAAUAGUCCUCAAGAGCACAACUACCAAGACGCUGAAUGAUCGGUGAGCAAUCCGCCAUGCACCUACUUAAAUGGACAUGGCAUUGUUGUACCUUUAUCUGGCUUCAUGCUUGCCAUCUUGUUAUGGCGUGAAUAUUACAGUUAUAAGCGCUCUAUAAGAGCAAGAAGGCAAUAGAAUGUUUUGGCUAGUCAAGGUAUUAUAUAUUGCCUUCAUAGUAGACAAGGCUUACAUGUAAGAGCUGGUUAGAAUUAUUUAUGGUUGAAGGUGCAUGCCUUUCAGUGAAGUAUGCAAUAGCAUUGAAGCCAGUAAAUAAUUCAAGGUACAAAUUCCUCCCUUCCAUCCAUCUUCUGAAGCUUUACUGACCUGGCCAAAAAGCAAGUCCGAUCUCCACCACAAGUGACGAUCACAGGAGUUAGAAGCAACCAGUUCCAGAUAUCCCAAGCCAGCAUGAAGAAUCGCCGCCUUGCAGCUCAGAUGGCCAACAGACCGGAUAUCCAAGCUGCCCUUGGAGGAAACUCUCCCAGCCUUAAAAGCAGACUUGGCUCACCAAACAGAGGCGGAGGAAGAGGAGGAGGUGCUAAAAGUGGAGGAUUGUUGAAAAAUCGGCUCGGCACCGGUAGUGCUGGUCCACUGAGAAGUCCGGGUGGUGGUGGUAGAUUUCGUCAGGGAAGAGGGCAAAGUAAUGUCCGUGGUUUUGGUGGUGUUAGAAGGGGAAGAGGUGGAGCUGUUCGUGGUGGACGUGGUGUGCAAGGUGCGAGGGGAAUCGCUCGUGGUGGGCGUGGUGUGCGUGGUGGUAGAGGGGCAACAAGGGGGCGUGGACGGGGUCGAGGCAAAGGUGACAAACCAGUCUCAAAAGACAAGUUAGACGAAGAGCUUGAUAAGUAUAUGUCAAAAACAAAGAGUCAUCUUGAUGCCGAGCUUGAUGAGUAUAUGCAGCAUGCAGAUGAUGAAUAAAGAAAGAAAGGACAGAAAAAACUAUGAAACUUUGAAGCAAAUAGAAUACCUGUAAAAACAAGAGAGGACAUUUUAGACUGCACAGAUAUUUCUUUGUUGUAUACUGAAGGAUCAAAUUCUGGACAGUGUAUACUUUUGGACAAAAAGACCAAUUGGAUAUUACAUGUUUGUAAAGUGAAAUAUUAGUUACUGGAAGCUGAACUGUAGUACAAAGGAGCAGUUGUUCUCAAGGAGAACAGAAGACAUUUAGGCGACGGCUUGUUAUUAUCUUUCAAUAUGUUUUACUCUAACUUAUUUAGUCUCUUCUUGAUCAUUUCUUUACACUUGGCAUCAGUUGAUUAUCAAAUGUGUGAAGACUUAUGUCUCAUAUCAAAUGAUAUUUAGUUUUAGAAGCUUAUUAUUUUUAAUAUUAAAAUGUUGCAAAUAAGGAGAUGCAUUAUUUAAGCAUAUGACUCACAAAUAUCAGUCUUUUGAUAAACAAAUUAUGUUAACCAUGUUAUAAUAAUAAUUACUUAUUUCAGGGUUUAUUCUAGAGCGUGGCCUUGGAGGAUUUCCAUAAUGUGGAAAAAAAAUGCCACAUAAAAUUUACUUAGCCGUGUCAAGUAAGGCCCCCCCAAAAAAUAGGCCAAAGGAUAAGCACUCUUUUUUGAAAUAAAGAAUUCGAAAACAUCACUGGCAACAACACUGAUUUGACGGCGGCUCUGUAAACUUACUUUGAACUUUUAUAGCCUUUUACUGUCUCAAUUGCCUUUCUCUUCUUCGUUUGAGUCAUUAUUUCACCAGACAAACAUCUGGUAUUUUGCAGUAAUUCAAGCCCAGGCUUUUUCAGUUCCCCAGAAUGUUCCAAAAUGGCAGCAAAGCAUCUGGCGAGUCCAUCUGUAAGUUUAAUUACUUUUUGGGGGACCCCCUUUCUUGAAAAAGGACACCCUAAA